GUCACUGGUUGUAACCAGUUGUGACGUAAUAUUUAAAGUUCGUCCUAAUAAAACGGAAGGUUUGUUACGACGAAUAUUAAAAUCAGAAAUCACUUACAAUGGAGCCUACUGACAUUGCUAAGAUAGAUGCAGUAUCAAUUGCUGGUCGUGUUGGUAGAGAAAGAGAGCGUUUGAUUGGUAUGACAGAUGAAGAACGUGCAUGGAGGGCACGUUUCGUCAAAAGUCAGGAACUUGCACCAGAUGAACCAAUAAAACCAAAAGGAUACGAUAAAUUAUAUUAUAAUCCUCUUCGAAGAUUUUAUAGAGCACCAUUAAACAAAGUUGAAAAUGCAUUAACUCCAUUAUUGGGUGAGGCUGCUGCAAUUAUUGUACGUAAUAUAAUAGGAAGAAGCAUAAUUGGUAUCUUUGUAAUUUAUGGUUCAUGGUAUUACUUCAAAUAUAAUCAUGCGACUUGGAUGCGACAGUCUGGUUGGAGAAUUAUGUCAUCACGUCCUAGGGUAUACCCAGGAACUAAAGAUUUUCCCAAUUUUAAAGCUCCAAUGAAACCUAAUGAAUAUGCUACAUUUGGCUUUGAAAACAGUCCCAUAUAAACAUUGUAAGAAUUGAUUUUGAAAAUAGUCUUAAAUGUAAUAAAAUAAUUUAACAUA